AUGUCCCUCGACGACGUGCCCGGCGAGACCAAGUUCUCCUACCGGCCGUGGAACGUGCGCGAUCUCAGCCAAAUCAUCGAAAAGAUGCGCCGCGUCAUCACCCGCCGCGGCUGGAAGACGCUGUACCUCGAGAACCACGACCAGCCCCGCUCCGUCUCGCGCUUCUGCGACGACUCGGACGAGCACCGCCUCGCCGGCACCAAGCUCCUCUGCAUCAUGCAAACCACCCUCACGGGCACCCUCUACGUCUACCAGGGCGAGGAGCUCGGCAUGCGCAACGUGCCCGCCUCGUGGCCCGCCGAGGAGUACAAGGACAUCGAGUCCGUCAACUACUGGAAGUACAUCACCCACAAGUACCCCGAGGGUGCUCCCGAGCGCGAGCGCGCCCGCCUCUUCAUGCGCCGCAAGGCCGCGACAACUCCCGCACCCCCAUGCAGUGGGAUUCCACGGCGCCCAACGCCGGCUUCUGUCCCCGACGUCAAGCCCUGGAUGCGCGUCAACGACGACUACCCCGAGUUCAACGCCGAGGUCCAGCGCCGGCCUGAGCCCGCCACCGACGCUUGCAACAACGUGUCCCCCUACCGCUUCUGGCAGCGCGCUCUGCAGAUCCGCAAGGAGCACGUCGAGCUCUUCUUCUACGGCGAGUUCGACGUCAUCAAGAAUACCCACCCCAACGUCUUUGCCUUUAAGCGCAAGGGCGGCGAUGAGGUCUCCGUCACCAUUCUCAACUUUAGCGGUGGUGAGGCCGAGUUCAAGUUCCCCGAUGGUUUCGUUAUUCAUACCUGGUUGCUCGGAAGCUACGAUGCCGAGUCUACCAAGAAGGCUAAGAAGGGCACCAUUAUCCUCAAGCCUUGGGAGGGUCUGCUCGGUGUUGGAAGGUGGGAUGCGCAGCAAUAA